AUUCUUACAUUACAUAUUUGGUUUGGUUUUAGUGUGCAGACCUACUCUUCAGAAUUCCACUUUUCUACUAUUUAAUUUUGGAAUGGAAUCUCCAAACAGGAGUGAGUUGGAAAGCUGCAACACCCGCUGGGUCGUGCGUGAUUCUGUGCUAUGGGCCACAGCCUCGAGGGAACAGCCCUGCCUGAAUCUUGAUGGGAAUGAGGACCCUGGGGUCACCUGUUCAAUUGGGGGCCAGAAUGAGGAAAGCGUCCUCGCAGCGGAGACCCAGUCUAUUUGUGACCACACUCCUGAGUCUGCUCCGUCCAGUCCCUGGAUACAGUACCCCACAGUUGGGUCACUUUCUGCCAAGCAACCAACAGUGUUUGCUCUGAGCCCCUCACUCGGAGAGGCUCACAAGCACAUUCUCCAUGGAGUGGUGACUCCCACAUGCAGUCAAUGUGAGGGGGACCUCCCCUGUGCUUGGCACUGUGAUGUGCCCUCAGAUACCCCUAUUACGCAGGAUUCCUCUGACAGUCAGCAAAGUGGACACACUCUGAGUCAAUGGCCACACCCAAAAGAUCCUAAGGAAGUUGGCAAAGGAGACAAAUGUAAUAUAUGUCCUGAAUAUGGCAAGGCCUUCACUUAUUCUUCUUCCCUUAUUGUACACAAGAAAAUUCAUACAGGAGAAGAGGCUUAUACAUAUCAGGAGUGUGUGAAGUCCUUCACACAAUCUUCCAACCUUAUUAGGCACGUAAAUACUCAGAUAGGAAAGAAGCGUUAUCCAUGUGAGGAGUGUGGAAAGGCCUUUACUCAUCCCUCAAAGCUUUUUAGGCACAUGAAUAUCCAUUCAGGAGAGAGACCUUAUAGAUGUCAGGAGUGUGGGAAGGGCCUUCCAACUCAACCCUCAAAGCUUUUUAGUCACAUGAAUACUCAUUUGGUAAAGAAGCCUUAUGCAUGUCAGGAAUGUGGAAAGGCCUUCACUCAACCCUCAAAGCUUAUUAGGCACUUGACUAUUCAUACAGGAGAGAAGCCUUAUACAUGUCAGGAAUGUGGAAAGGCUUUUUCUCAAUCCUCAAUUCUUAUUAGACACAUGAAUAUUCAUACAGGAGAGGAACCUUAUACAUGUCAGGAUUGUGGAAAGGUCUUCAAUCUAUCCUCAAAGUUUAUUAGGCACAUGAAUAUACAUACAGGAGAGAAGCCGUAUACAUGUGAGGAGUGUGGAAAGGCCUUCAGUAAACCCUCAAAGCUUAUUAGGCACUUGACUAUUCAUACAGGAGAGAAGCCUUAUUCAUGUCAGGAGUGUGGAAAGGCCUUUUCUCAAUCCUCAACUCUUAUUAGGCACAUGAAAAUUCAUACAGGAGAGAAACCUUAUACAUGUCAGGAGUGUGGAAAGGCCUUUUCUCAAUCCUCACUGCUUAUUAGGCACAUGAAUAUUCAUACAGGAGAGAAGCCUUAUAUAUGUCAGGUAUGUAGCAAAGCCUUCACUCAUUCAGCAUCUCUUUAUGUGCACAUGAAAAUUCAUACAGGAGAGAAACCUUAUUCAUGUCAGGAGUGUGGAAAGGCAUUCACACGAACCGCAAACCUUACUAGGCACAUGACUGUUCAUACAAAAGAAAAGCCUUGUACAUGUCAGGAGUGUGGAAAGGUCUUUUCUCGAUACUCCAUGCUCAUUAGUCAUAUGAAUAUUCAUACAGGAGAGAUGCCUACUUAUUAGGAUUGUAGGAAGGCCUUCACUCAUUCAUUAUCACUUUCUGAGCACAUGAAAAUUCAUACAGAAGUAUUAAGUAAAUUGAUGCUUUUAAAGUA